AUGCAAAACCAGGAAAAUGUAGAGAGGGUACGUAAUGGGAGGAGCAAAAAAAGGAUUCGAACGAUAUUUAGAUUUCAGGCAAAAGGCUUGAGCAUUCUUCUUCGAAACAAGGAGCCGAUAAUUGGGAAUAGAGCUGGUAAUUGUAGAAGGCCUGCGUGA